AUGGCUCCCUUUAAGAACUUAAAGUUGACUUUGGAAGCGCUGAACCAACAGGGCACUUAUUCCGAAGGAGAUACUGUUAUCGGUACUCUUUCUUUCAAUCUGAAAAGUGACACCAAAGUGAAGAGCAUUUCAGUGAAGGCUAAAGGGGACGCAAAGGUGGAGUGGAAAGAAGACUCUGGAAAUAGUACAACGCACUACAAGGGGCACGUCAGAUAUUUCAAACUCAAACAGGACUUGGUUGCAAAAGAUACUGGAGGCACUGUGCUUCGCCGAGGGCCCCAUAAUUUCACGUUCUCAUUCCAAAUUCCUCAGUGGGUAAUGCCAUCAUCCUUCGAAGGGAAAAAUGGAAAAAUUGUGUACAUGGUUGAAGCAAAAAUUUCCAGAAGUUGGCGGUGGCCUUCAUCGGUGAAAACAGAGAUUAAUUUUUUUUCAAGGCACUUUCCAUCAAUUCGUCUAGCCAUGCAUCCAUUAUCUGGUUCAGUGGAUAAAGAGGUGGGGAUUUUCUCCAGCGGACAGCUCCACAUGACUGCUUCAGUUAACCAAGGAGUUUGCUCUCCAGGUGACACAUUGUCUGCCUCUGCCAGAAUCCGCAACGCCUCUUCAAAAUCUGUGAAGCCCAAAUUCAGUUUGCACCAGAAGGUUGUGUACAGUGUCAAAAAGUCCACCAAGACCAGUGAUAAAGUCAUAUCUAAAAUGGUUGGAGACACAAUCACACCAAGGUCAGAGGUGACGGUUCCCUGUGAAGUGAAGAUUCCUGUUGAUGCUGCCUGCACUCUCUGUAACUGUCAAAUCAUCUCACUUGAAUAUUACCUCAAGGUGUAUUUGGACGUCAGCUUUGCUUUCGAUCCAGAGGUGGUGUUUCCACUCCUUGUUGUUCCGCCGAACCUUGUCCAUGCUCAGCUCAAUGAGGAAGUGGGGCUGAGGGAUGAGGAGCGUCUUUUCCUACAGGUGCUCCAAUUGAUGCAACUUCAGGCCCUCUCUCACAGCCUGGCUAGUCUGACCCUCUCAGCAUCCAGGCCAGGAGUCUCCUGCCCAGGACAGGGCAGGACCGAAGAGUGCCCCCUGCCUGGAUUAGAGCGUCAGGCAGGGAGAACAGGAAGCACGCUGAGCUUGAUGCUGCCAUCCCAGGCAGGUGAAGCAGCGUUCAUGCCGGUCCCUCUCCUGCGGCGGAGCGUUGCAGCUGCGGCAGGUGAAGAGCCCGACGAGAUGUCUCGGGCGUUCUUGUCCGGCUGCUCCAUUGGCUCUGUGUCUUUGUCUUUAUCUUUGUCUUGA